AUGUCCGGAAGUAACCCCGAGAACCGAAGUAGCACCGGGCCACUUCGGAGGCCGCCAGAGCCUCCGGAACCCCGCGUGGCCGGGGCAGCCCCCGAGCCACGUCCCCGGGCCGGCCCCGCCCCCGGGCGCCGCGCCUGGAAAGGCUUCCGUCCUGCCCCUUCCGAGACCGCGCCCGGGCCUAGCCCUGGCCCACCCAGCCCCCAUCCCGCCCUGGGAGGGCCUCCCGCGCCAAGGGCCCCGGCUGCCCAAGGCUCCGCCCCUCCGGCCCAGCAAGCCUGGCCAACAGCACCUGGCGCUAGGCCGGCCCGGCCCAGCCCGGCCCCGCCCCCGGCGGCCGGGCCCGGCCAGCACACGCGCGCGCCCGGCUCCUCCCCCGGCGGCGAGGCGGCGGCACGAAAUCCCGCCCCGUUCGGCGCGCACCGGCGCGACGCUUGCUCGCUCCCUAUUCCCUCCCUCCUCCCGCACAGGGAGCUCCCCGCUCCGCCCCCCAUCUCCCUCCUCCGCCCCCCCGCGCGCGAGACACCCUCUCAUCCACACAUACACCCCGGCCGCCCCGCUCUACGGGAAGCAGAGGGGGCCAAUCCCCUCCCCCUGCAUACACACCCCUCGAGUCCCUUCCCCACCCCCACAUUUCCCCCCGGGCCGCACGGCGAGCGGAACCUUGCCCGCUCCUUCUCCCGGGCCCAGCGGGGUGUAAAGGGAGGCGGGCCGGGAAGAAGGGAGGGAAGGAGGGCGGGCUCCGCACUCUCGCCCGCCGGACGGCCAGCCCCUCGCCCUCACCUCAAAGCUGCCUCGGCCGUUCACAAGUCUGUCCCGUCUCGGGCAGCGAGAGCUCCCAGGCUGAGCGGCGGCGACGGCGGCGGUGGCAGUAGCGAGGGGGCGGGGAGGGGAGGGGAGGGGAGGCCGGAGCAGGGCUCUCGGCGCGGGGCCCGAGCGGACUGGCAGUCCCCCGGCGGGGGCUGGGGCGCUCACGGGCCCCGCUCCCCAGCCGCAGCCAGACCCGGGGAGGGAAACUCCGAGGGGGGAGGGGAAGGGGGGGGAAAAGACGAAGAAACCGUCUCCGCUGCCGCUACCGCCGCGGCCGCUUCUCUGUUACCCGGGAAAUCCCGCCCACUCUCCUUGCCCGCCCCGCUGAGGGGAGACCCAGUCCUGCCGCGUUACAGGCUCGGUCGACUGUUCAUCAGGUCCCCCACCAAUCAUUGCUCCUGGUCACCUAGGACCCGCCCCUCUACUCCCCCCUACACUGCAGGGGGAGCCACUUACCUUCCCCACACCCCUAUUGGCGGGGAGCUCCCCCAACUCAGACCCACCUAUUGGAGGCAGCCAGUGGACUCCCGCCCACUCGCCUCUAGGUCAUUGGAGAAAACUAGGAGAUUCUUUGCAACUUAUUGGAGGAAGGCACGAAGACCGCCCCAUUCCUACUAUCCCAUUGGAAGAUUCGCUCAGCUCCCACCCUGCUAGCUACCUCAUUGGGAGAAAUUGCUCUUCCCUCCCCCCUCAGAUCUUCUACCACCCCAGGAAGGUUAACGCAUGCAACCCACUGGAGAGACCACAGGGUCGCAGAUGCAACCAUUCUGGAGCGCAGUUUUCGACUAAAUGGACAUAAUAACCUGAUCUUGCAUCUUGACCGGAGGCAUGCAUUACGUUAGAUUUUGUCUCUUCCAUGACUUAUCUGACCCAGCUACCAAACCCCCACGUUCUGGGAGUGAAGUUAGUGAUUUUUUAAAAAUUGAAAUAUCCUGAACCCUAAACAGAACGACCACAAAAUCCUGGAAUCUUAACAUGAGUAGGAGAAAUCACUGAUCCUCAAAAGUUAAGUCAGCAACCAGGUGCUCAUGUCAAAUACAAAAGUCAAGCGGAGAUACGUCCACUGAAGUGACCAAUUUGAAGCAGAGGGGAAAAGGAAAGAGAUCUGGGCACAUCGAAAGGAAAUUGGAAAAACCACACAUUUUGGAGCCUAAUGCAGAGGAUUAUUUAUAGUGCUAAUCCACUUAACCUAUUGCAAAUAAAUGAGCAAAAUGAUUCCACAAAAA